AGAAAAAAAAAAAAAAGGUGGAAAAAGGGAAAAGCAGGUAAACUUAGAGGGGGCUUGGUCUGCUGGCUGUGCGGGGCGGGUCCCGUGUGGGGCUGUCCUGCGUGGGGCGGUGCAGGAUCGCCCUGCCCGGAGGGGCUCAGUGCCGCGAUCCCACAGGGCUUCCCGAGGAGCACUGGGCGCCCGCUCACGUCCCCCGGCCAUGCCGUCCCCUGCUAAUGCAGGGCCAGCCCCCGGCCCCCUGGAUGGUGGCUGGGGCUGGGUCGUGGUCUUUGGUGCUUUCAUUUCUAUCGGCUUUGCCUACGCCUUCCCCAAAGGCAUAGCCAUCUUCUUCAAAGAGAUCCAGGGUUUCUUUGACACGUCCUAUAGCGAGAUCGCGUGGGUCUCCUCCAUCAUGCUGGCCACCACGUACGGUGCAGGUCCCAUCAGCAGUAUUUUAGUAAACCGCUAUGGCAGCCGACCCGUGGUGAUAUUUGGAGGCCUGCUGUGUGGCAUUGGGAUGGUCUCAGCUGCCUUCUGCACCAGCAUCCUGCAGCUCUACAUCUGCGUGGGCUUCAUUACAGGAUUUGGCCUUGCUCUCAACCUCCAGCCAUCAGUGAUAAUCAUAGGGAAAUACUUUUUAAAGAGAAGACCCAUCGCAAAUGGCCUUGCUAUGGCAGGGAGUCCUGUGAUGCUUUGCACCCUGGCUCCUCUCAACCAGUUCCUUUUUGAGAAUUUUGGCUGGAGGGGCAGCUUUUUAAUUCUUGGGGCAAUUUUAUUAAACUGCUGUGUGGCUGGAGCUCUCUUCAGGCCCAUUGGGCCACCCAAAACCCAGUCAAAUGAGGAAGCGAAGGAAGUCCUGAAAGAAGAGGUCACUAAGGAUGCCAUGGAAAUGAACAGUUCCACGAACAUUCCUAUGAAGACAAAAACAGAAGAAGAAGAAGCAAGGGACUGUUGUGAAAAAAUCAAUAAGUACCUUGAUUUUUCCCUUUUUAAGCACAGAGGUUUCUUGAUUUACCUGAUUGGAAAUGUGCUCAUGUUUCUAGGCUUUUUUGCCCCCAUUGUUUUUCUGGCACCCUAUGCAAAGCACAUUGGCAUUGAUGAAUAUUCAGCUGCUUUCCUCCUUUCAAUCCUUGCUAUCGUGGAUAUGAUUGCCAGACCGGCCACUGGCAUCAUUGCAAACAGCAAGUGGGUCAGGCCACGGAUCCAAUACUUUUUCAGCUUCUCCAUUGCUUUCAACGGUGCCUGCCACCUUCUGUGCCCCCUGGCUUCAGGCUACAAGGGGCUCGUCAUUUACUCCGUCUUUUUUGGCUUGGCUUUUGGCAUGGUUUGUGCCAUGCUUUUUGAAACUCUCAUGGACCUUGUGGGAGCUACCCGGUUCACCAGUGCUGUUGGCUUGGUCACCAUUGCAGAGUGUUGCACAAUAUUGCUGGGACCACCUAUAGGAGGAACACUUAUCGAUACCUUUGGGGACUAUAAAUAUAUGUUCAUUAAAUGUGGAGCUGUGAUGGUCCUGGCAGGAACAUUCCUGUUCAUCAUGAAUUACUAUAAUUACCGUAUGCUUGCCAAGGAGAAGAGAAAAGCAAAAGAAGAGGACCCUAAAUCUGUAAGGACAGAAAGUGAAGGCAGAAAUAACUUGAACAAAGAUACUGUACAGGAUGGACCUGAGCUGGAACCUCUGAGAGAGGAACAAGAAAGACUAAAGAAGGAAGUGAAUGGCACAAAUGAAGUUUAAAUCUGUUCUCAUGGGCUGAACAGGAAAUUACUUCUGUGUUGCUUAAGUUGGCACUAGCUGUGAAAUCACACUAGGUUUUUGAUUUUUGCCCUAUGCUCUGUCAUGUGCAUCCUCUUCUUUGUCUUAAGAGA